CUAGGAGCACGGCGGCCUCUCUGCCUUAAGGGCCGCCUUUGGGGGGCUGAGGAAGGCCGGGGAGGGGGCGCAGGCGAUGGCGCCGGCGCUGCGUUACCUGGGCGGUGCCUGCAGACUGGCCCGCGGAGGUUUCUCCCGGGGGUUCCCCGGGGCGCACGGCCCGGCGUCGGCGCGGUGCUGGCAGGGCGCGGCGUCGGCGAGGUCCUGGCGGCUGUGCGGGGGUGGCCGCAGCGCUAGCACCAGCUCAUUUGAUAUAGUCAUCGUCGGUGGUGGAAUUGUGGGGCUUGCAUCUGCCAGAGAACUCAUCCUGCGACAUCCAGCACUUUCGAUUGGUGUUCUGGAAAAGGAGAAAGAUUUAGCUGUUCACCAGACUGGACACAACAGUGGUGUCAUACAUAGCGGAAUUUAUUAUAAACCUGCAUCUCUUAAGGCUAAAUUAUGUGUCCAAGGAGCAGCCCUCAUCUAUGAGUACUGCAACCAAAAAAGAAUUUCCUACAAGCAGUGUGGCAAGCUUAUAGUAGCUGUUGAACAGGAAGAAAUUCCCAGACUUCAGGCUCUUUAUGAGAGAGGCCUGCAGAAUGGUGUUCAGGGCCUGAGGCUGAUCCAACAGGAAGAUAUAAAGAAGAAGGAACCUUAUUGUAGGGGUCUAAUGGCUAUUGAUUGUCCCUAUACUGGCAUCGUGGACUAUCGGCAGGUGGCUUUGUCAUUUGCUCAGGAUUUUCAAGAAGCAGGUGGCUCUGUCUUGACCAAUUUUGAAGUAAAAGGUAUUGAAAUGGCUACAGAAAGCCCUUCAAGAAGUAAAGAUGGGAUGAAAUAUCCGAUUGUUAUAAGGAAUACAAAGGGAGAAGAGAUUCGAUGUCAGUAUGUUGUGACAUGUGCAGGGCUUUACUCAGAUCGUAUUUCAGAGUUGAGUGGCUGCAAUCCAGACCCUCGAAUUGUACCAUUCCGGGGAGAUUACCUGCUCUUGAAGCCUGAAAAAUGCUAUCUUGUAAAAGGAAAUAUUUACCCGGUCCCAGAUAGCCGGUUUCCUUUCCUAGGAGUUCACUUCACACCAAGGAUGGAUGGCAAUAUUUGGCUAGGCCCUAAUGCAGUUCUUGCCUUUAAACGGGAGGGUUACAGACCCUUUGACUUCAAUGCCAGAGAUGUUAUGGAUGUAAUUAUCAAUAGUGGCUUGAUUAAACUGGUGUUUCAGAAUUUAUCCUAUGGAGUCAAUGAAAUGUAUAAAGCCUGUUUCCUUAGUGCGACAGUGAAGUACCUUCAAAAGUUCAUCCCUGAAAUCACUAUCAGUGAUAUACUUAGAGGUCCGGCUGGAGUAAGAGCCCAAGCCCUGGAUAGAGAUGGAAACCUGGUAGAAGACUUUGUAUUUGACGGAGGAGUUGGGGAUAUUGGAAACCGCGUUCUUCACGUGAGAAAUGCGCCCUCCCCAGCUGCCACUUCUUCCCUUGCGAUUUCUGGAAUGAUAGCAGAUGAAGUACAACAACGAUUUGGGUUAUAAAUAAUGAAAGGAUCUAGGUAUCUAGAUCUAUGUAAUCUCCACAUCAGCAACAAGAAUGUACUAAUUGCAUUCUUUUAAUCUGUGAAAAUGGUUUUUAAAUCUCAUUUCUUUAGGUCAAAGAUAACCACUGAAUUGUUAGAAUGAUGUAAGAUAAAAAUAAUUUUUUAAAAAAGCUUAAGUCCAUGCUCUUUUACUCUGUGAAUAUAGAGGCAAAGUACAAUUGUAUCUGUCCUGAAUCCCUGAUUGUGUCGAACUAUUUUGACCAACUGUGAUCUAAAAGAUUUAGAGCUUUUGAUUUGACUCUAAGAAUUUUUAAGGAAGAUGAUGUGAAAACUGGAAUAUUCCCUUAAAUAAAUGUGUCCCCCCACUCCCCCCGUAGGAUGUGUGUAUUCACCAGAGAGAGAGAGAGAGAGAGAGAGGGAGGGAGAGAGGGAAGGAGGGAGGGAGGGAGGGAGGGAGGGAGGAAGAUAGUACCCCCUAGUGGGACACGAUCAUGCUGCAGUCUUUUCUUCAUUUCUCCGUGUUGGAAUUUUAUGCAUGCACAUGCACCCUGCAUGUUUUUCAAGCCCCAGGGGUCAGGAUUUGAACCAUCAUUGACUAUGUAGGAUCUGGCUCCCUUAAAUGUUAGGCUACAGGACUGGGCCCAAUUUUUUGGCUCUGCAAUAUCUAAGCUUUUUGUCUA